CGAGGAGGGAGAGCGCGAGUGAAGCCGAGCCGAGCCGAGUCGAGCCGGAAGGUGCCUGGGAGAGGCUGGCAAAGCCCAGCUGGCUGUCUGCGUCGCCUGGCUCCGCGUACCCUUGCUUCUGCCCAGUCUCCCGCAAAACUUUUAUUAUCUGGGGCCCCAGGGGUGUGUGAAGGAAUUGGAGCGUUCGGCCAUCUCCGCGCUCCACAGCGGCGGCGACCGAGGGGACGUGCAUCCCUCGUCCGCCGGGCUCUGGAGCCCUGCACCUCACCUGCUGCUCGUUCCCCGGAGUCUUGAGGGGUCACUCCCGGAGGGGCCGCGCGGGCGCCGGCGCCCCUGAACUCUCCCGCUCAACGCGGCAGAUUCGCCCAGUGCAACUUCAACUUGAUUCCUCUUGCCCAACCGUGCACCCGCGGCUGCUGCUACCGCCGCCGCAGCGGUCUCACAAAGGGGCUCAGGAAGGGGAGGCGGCGCAGGCGUCAGGGACGGGCCUCCGGGCCGCUGAGGCGAGGAGACAAAAGGGAAGCUGCUUCUGCUCUCGCUGCCGGCUCGGAGCCGCCGCCUCUGCUGCCUCCGACCGGGCUCCGAGAGCCUCCUCCCCCACCCUCGGGCACUGCUCCGCCUCCCUUCUGGCGGGCUGUCCCCGCAGUGCUCCCGGACUCGGCGAGCCUUCAAGGCGCGCGUCGCUGCUGGUGGUUGAGGCUCUAGCGAUAAUAAAUGAUAGAGGAUACAAUGACUUUGCUGUCUCUGCUGGGUCGCAUCAUGCGCUACUUCUUGCUGAGGCCCGAGACGCUUUUCCUGCUGUGCAUCAGCUUGGCGCUGUGGAGUUACUUCUUCCACACUGAUGAGGUGAAGACCAUCGUGAAGUCUAGCCGGGACGCCGUGAAGAUGGUGAAGGGCAAGGUAGCCGAGAUCAUGCAGAACGAUCGACUCGGGGGGCUUGAUGUGCUGGAGGCCGAGUUUUCCAAGACCUGGGAGUUCAAGAGCCAUAACGUGGCGGUGUACUCCAUCCAGGGCCGGAGAGACCACAUGGAGGACCGCUUCGAAGUUCUCACGGAUCUGGCCAACAAGACGCAUCCGUCCAUCUUCGGGAUAUUCGACGGGCACGGGGGAGAGACUGCAGCUGAAUAUGUAAAAUCUCGACUCCCAGAGGCCCUUAAACAACAUCUUCAGGACUAUGAAAAAGACAAAGAAAAUAGUGUAUUGUCUUACCAGACCAUCCUUGAACAGCAGAUUUUGUCAAUUGACCGAGAAAUGCUAGAAAAAUUGACUGUAUCCUAUGAUGAAGCAGGCACAACAUGUUUGAUUGCUCUGCUGUCAGAUAAAGACCUCACCGUGGCCAACGUGGGUGACUCGCGUGGGGUCCUGUGUGACAAAGAUGGGAACGCUAUUCCUUUGUCUCAUGAUCACAAGCCUUACCAAUUGAAAGAACGAAAAAGGAUAAAGAGAGCAGGUGGUUUCAUCAGUUUCAAUGGCUCCUGGAGGGUCCAGGGAAUCCUGGCCAUGUCUCGGUCCCUGGGGGAUUAUCCGCUGAAAAAUCUCAACGUCGUCAUCCCAGAUCCAGACAUCCUGACCUUUGACUUGGACAAGCUUCAGCCUGAGUUCAUGAUCUUGGCAUCAGAUGGCCUCUGGGAUGCUUUCAGCAAUGAAGAAGCAGUUCGAUUCAUCAAGGAGCGCUUGGAUGAACCUCACUUUGGGGCCAAGAGCAUAGUUUUACAGUCAUUUUACAGAGGCUGCCCUGACAAUAUAACAGUCAUGGUGGUGAAGUUCAGGAAUAGCAGCAAAACAGAAGAGCAGUGAACCCUUCAGGGGUCUCAGCUGCCUUAGACUAAAGGACUUUCAACACACUGGUCUCUUUUAAUUUAGUGAAAAGUGUGGGAGUUGUAAUUAGGAUCAUCCAUCCCAGACAUGGGAUUCCCCCCUCCCUGGUGGUCUUAGGUCUAUAAUCAGUGAUGAACUGAGGGUGCCCUUAGCCAAUGUAGUUAAGAAGCUGGAAAAUGGUUUCUUUAUGUUUUCCCAACUCUUUCAUUCAGUGUCCAAAAUAUAUAAAUAAAUAGCUGUAGAUUCGCGUAUAUGAAAUGAAUAGCAUAUGUGCCAUUUAGUCUCCCCCAGGAUUCUUCAAUAUCCUGUUCAGGGUCCUCCAGGCAUCAGCUGUUGUGUCCUCUCUUUGAAACAGUGAACAGGACAGGCCUCCCAGUGCUGCAGGAGACAGGCCACUGUGUCACCUGUGAGUGGUCAGGAGCUGAUGUGGCAACACUCUCUGCCAAGAGACAGAGCUGUCCUAAGGAUGCUUUGUCCUUCUGAGCCCCUGUUUUCUGCUCAGAGGCAGCUUGGAAGCAGAUUUGGAAUGGUUUUUAUUUUGGCUGCUCUUGGAGACUGAGAGAAGCAGAAAGGAUGGGAGACCAGUGGCAGCUGCCUACACGCAGAAAUGACCCUUUUCCCUUGCUUCCUUUAUUAGUUAAACAGACUUUAUAUACCACCUGACCAGCCUUUGUGCAUUUAUCCUAAUCAUGCAUGACUGAAAUCUUUUGCUUAGUCCUUACCGUAUGUAACAGGCAGCUGUUAAUUCACCAACAGACACCAUGAUUUUUCAUCUUACAUGACCAAGAAACCAUGUUAAGGGAAAUGACAAAAUCAAGCCAAAAUGAUGUUUCCUUCCAUUUUCAAUGGCAGAUGAAGGAAACGAAACUGAAUGAGUCACAGAGUUCCCUGGCAGGUAAGUUGUUUGCAUUGAGGAAGGAAUGUUCACUGAGCUCCAGCUGCCACUUUUGUGUGUUUUUCCUGGCCCCUUUCCUAGUGGCGUUCAAGUGUGUUUCAGGCAGUGUUCUGAGAAGCAGCAGCCUAGAACUGUAUGUGUGUUCCUCAAAGCUAGGUACAGAGUUCACAGCUACUGCAGCUUGGAAUUUGGUGGGAAACUACUGGGACGACCUUCUCGUCCAAUGAAAAGGCAGCAAGCAGCCUUUAUCAUUUGGUUGCAAAUCUCCAUCCACAUCAGGUCGCUUUCCACAGGCAAACACAAACCGCCCUCUGUGGCCUGCGGGGAAGGCAGCAGAGGGACCUGGCAAUGGCAACACAGCAAGUUGAGAAUUCAAGCAGGAACCCAUAUUGACAAGUGGGCCAGAAUUAUUUUGGGGCCUGGCUUGCCCCUCCAUUUCCUAUAUCACUAAUGUAUCAUUUCUCCAAACAUGGUAUUUUAUAAUUUAAUUUUCUCUAAAUUAAAUUAUAAAAUACCUCCCAAGACCUGCAUUUAUUUUAUGUGACUCUCUGCCUGACUCAAACAAACAAAACUUUCGUUGCCUCCCACCCCUCUGUAUCCACCUGGUUUUAUUCUUUCCCUGUGUCCAUUUGUGGUUACAGCUUCCCAUAGUCCUCAUUUAUCCACCACCUCCUCCCCAUGGAGCUCUGCCCUCUCCCCUCCUGCUGCUGUAGAGCUUUUCCAAAGCAGUGUCCAGGAGAGAACUUGAGAGAGUGAAGAGACUGCCUUGUGGUUGCGAAGGGCUGCAAUCUGUCUUGAGUCCUCCAAGCACUUACUGUUCUUUGACUACACUGAGAAUUACUAAUGGUUUCCCACGAGAUUUGCUUACUUUUGUAUACUGUAUUUUCCAGCCUUACAGUUAGAACCUUGGUUAUUUUUUAGCCAUAGAAUCUUCUAGUACAUUUUAGAUUUAAGCAUUUGCCUAUGGAAAGACACUGAAUAUGUGGCUGUGUGUAUCAAUAUUUGGGGUGGUGACGGGGAAGGGAAUGUGGAAAACAAAUGCUGGCUGUGAGCAGUGCUGAGACGGCCAGGCCAGGCGGCUGAGUUUGCUUGGAGAUUCAGGACGUUCUGAUGCCUGAGAGUUGCCCCCACUCACCAUCGAACUGAAAUCAGCAUAAGUGGUGUCAGCACUUUACAGCCUAUGGCCAACUUUAUUUUUAAUGUAGCACAAAAGUGUAUAAUAGCAAGGAAAAGACAUUUUUAAAUUCCACAGUUAUUUUUAUUGUCUAAAAUGAAAGCAGCAGUGUUUUGAUAAAGACGAAAAAGAAAAGCUACUAAAUUAGUAAAUCAGUGUUUACGGGUCCUGCAAAAUUUCUUAACAGAUGGUGCUGGGUGCACAAAUUACAAACUUUCUCUCUAACUGAGGUUCACAAGGCAUCUUCUAAAUUUUGCUUUGUACAAUUAUUUCAUUUUUGAUGUUAACCAAAUAGAGUGUACAUAUCCUACUCCCUUUACUGCCUCUUUCCCCUCUACUGUGGCUUGUAGAUUUUCAAAACAUAUAAGUUCUAGGCAAAAUUGUAGCAGUUACAUUAAUAGUUAUGAUAGUUGUAUCUAAAAUCAGAAUAUUUUGUUCCCUUCCUCCUGGACCUCUCUCUCCCUAGCCCUUUUCCAGCUGUUGGGGAUUUGUAGAUAUCACUCCUGGGGUGCCCUGUGGCACACUGGCUGCUCCCCAGGGACCCGGGAAUGCUGAAUCUAGCCAUUAGGGAAAUUGAUUUGAGAUGUUUGCAUGUGAAGCUUCCCUAAGCUGCACUGCCAAAGCUUUGGAAUUGUCACCCAAGGCUUCCUAGACUCUCUAGCUAGCUCAAGUUCAAAUUGCCAACAGUCCCCUUGGUGCCAAAUUUUGGGAUGGUUUUACAGUCUUUUAGAAGUUAUGAUGGGAAUGGCCAUGUGCUUAUGAGACCCCAGCAGAAUGCCAAGCCCAGGUCUCCACUAAUGCAGUGCUCUGCUGCAGCUCCAUUGGCAAUUUGUACUCUUAACAUGGGUUGGGGAGGGGCAGCUAGGGAAAAUUUUUUUGAAUUAAUUGUAUUUGCAAUUCUUUCAUCAUAGGAAUAAACAAUACUUAUAUAGAAAGCUCCAAAACUGUACCCAAGACCUGCAUUUAUUUUAUAUGACCAACUUGCCCCAAGGCAAUUAGUUCUGAAUCGCUGUUCUAUUGUGACAUAUCUGUGUGCAUAUGUAGAUAUUACUGGUAACCAGUGGCUGCAUUUUAUUCCUUGCUGUGGAUUGAGGUGUUGGCUUCUAGAAUCUUGUAUGUGUCAUAAGAGUAUUACAUGGAGACUGUUAAUAGUGAAGGAUGCAAGCUGAAUAAUUUAGAACAGGACUUAUUUCAUACAAGUGUAAUUAUUACAUCAUUUUGGGUAAAUGGUAAACAGGAUUGCAUGAGAGUGAUGGCAUCAUCAUUUCAAUAUAAUCGGAAGUGAUUCUAGGAACUUGAUUCCACUUUUUCUUUUGCCAGAUAUAUCUUGAUUUUCUUGAUUUUUUUUUCUCUAAGUUGCCAGAUCUCUCUUGCAACUGUUGUGUCAAUGAAAGGUCUGUGUUUAAAAAAGGCAGCAUAUUGGCCGGGCGCGGUGGCUCAAGCCUGUAAUCCCAGCACUUUGGGAGGCCGAGGCAGGUGGAUCACGAGGUCAACAGAUCGAGACCAUCCUGGUCAACAUGGUGAAACCCUGUCUCUACUAAAACUUACAAAAAAUUAGCUGGGCACGGUGGCGCGUGCCUGUAAUCCCAGCUACUCAGGAGGCUGAGGCAGGAGAAUUGCCUGAACCCAGGAGGCGGAGGUUGCGGUGAGCUGAGAUUGCGCCAUUGCACUCCAGCCUGGGUAACAAGAGCGAAACUCCAUCUCAAAAAAAAAAAAAAAAAAAAAAAAAAAAAAAAGGCAGCAUAUCAUUGUAUAUUUGAAAGUAUAGGAAUAUAUACUUUGUAUAAAACUUUUCCAAUGAUUUCAAAAAUUCUUUUUUCCUCCUUUUGACCCACCACUGGACUGUUCAUCCCUUAAUAGUCCCCGAAAAUUGCCUUAGCAUGUCACACCAGCAUUCGUCAUCCAGCUCUGGAGAAAUGACAUCACUGUUAGAUACCACAUCUGUUUAGUCGCCUCUGGAUUAAAUCAUUGAUACCUAGACUUUUGAGCUAGUUCGCUGUAGAAAUAAUAGAAUCCAGUGUUUCCCAAAGUGUGUUCCAAAGAAUACAAGUUCCAAAGAUACUCUUCUAAAUAUAGGGUUCCAGGAUCAAAUAAGUUUGGAGAACACAUUCCAUCUUAGAAAGUUAGUGAACAUCAGCUCAUCAAAGACUCUAAUUUAAUGUCUUGCAGGGGAAAGAAAAACAACAAAUAUCUACUGUCAGUUAGCCCAGUGUUUUCCAGAUUAAUUUGACCACAGAAACUUUUUUGAGUAGCACCUAGUAACACUGCAAGAAACUGUGUUCUAAAGAACACCCUUUGGGAAAUUCUGAUAUGUUGAAAUAUUGCUGUGUUUUCAUUCACCAUGACUCACAGUAGUAGCAGUACAAUUUGCAACUUAGACGCAUGAAGCUUUCAUAUAAAAAGCUGACUUGUUAAUAAAAGCAAUGUUAAGAAGUAGUGUGAUUUAAUGUGACCAACAGCAGCCUCAUAUUGAUAGCAGAACAAUCCUACUUAAAGCUCUAAACAUCGUCUCUUUCUUUUAUAUGAAUAACGAACAAGAGCCCUGUCAUAGCUGGAUAAGUCUCAAAUUCAUUCCAAGAUCUUUCCAUUGCUUUUUUGCAGUUACCUUUGCUCUUCAGAUUGAAUCAAAAUGACUAUUUUUCUAUUUCAUCACUAUGUGAUAUUUUUAAAAAUAUAAAAAAUAACAGAAAAGGAAAAACAAAUUUGAUUUGAGUUCACUUAUGAAAUUCUAAGUCAAUUUUUCAAAUGAUCUGUUGUAUAAUAAUUGAAAUGUAAACUAUUAACACUUAUUAACUUUCUUUCCUCUAUUGUCCUCUCCAGAUUCAGUGAAAUAAUUUGAAACCAUUUAGAGCUCAUACCUUCUAAAAUUCAUGUCCCCUGUCAUCCUACCUUUCAUAUUUUUUGUCCAUAGUUAAGUUUGGCAAGUUAUCGCUUGCCUAAAUGUGAGGCUUUCCUGUAGUUCCAUAGUAGUUACUCUCGGCUGCAGAAACAGGUUUGGGAAGCUAUGAGUGAUUACUCCAAAGUAAUGGAUGAAACAAAUCUAGUCAAAAACAGGGUACAGAGUGUAUUAAGGCUGAAGUCAUUAACUUAAAAUUACAUCCAAUAUUUAGGAAUAGCUCACCCUCUGCACUUUAUCUAAAACAUUAAAAAAACUAAAAGUUAGAUCUCUUAGGCUAGGUGGCAGAUUGCAGAGGGCAAGGGGCAGUUGAUACCAUGAGGCUUUCAUUAGAUGUGUUUCUAAACUUUUUUUUCUAAUAUGUAACUUUGUUUGCUGAUCCUUCGUAAUGUUAAUGCUUUGUCUAUUUGUUAGUUAUCCCACUGUUAAGCAGCAAACUGUUGAAGCUAGGGUUGAUUAUUGAUAUUUUUUAUGUGUUUAGUAAUAAUGACAGUAUCAUAUGCACAGUUGCUUUAAUAAAUCCACGUUAAGGACUUUGAGGAGAGCAGAUAGCAACUAUUCAUUUUAACAAAUCAUCACAGACAGUUUCACUGUUCAAAGCUCCACCAGGAAGUAAGCAUGCAGCAAAGGUAUAGAUUAUAUUUAGAGAUGUGAUUUCAUUUAUUCUAGAAGUCCUAUAACCUGGCAUUAUUUAACCACAGAAUCACACCUAAUAUUUUCCAAAUCAAAAUUAACCUCAAAAACCUCCAAGGACAUUGAGCACAAGUAGAUUGCAGUGAAAGCAUGGGUGGCAGAUUGUGGUGGACAGAGGGUUGAGUGACCCAGAACAAAACCUGCCUGGGUAAAUUGCUGCCACUUCAGGAGAGGGACUGUGUCAGCUACACAUCCUCUCAUCACCUUUUGUCAUGAGGCAGUUCAUAAGCUAAAUACAAUACCAUGUAUUAUCUCAAAAUAUUUCUAUAUUAAUUAGGUAAUUCAUGAUAUAUAAUGUGUUCAUGCAGAAGCAAAGGUGGAUAUAAUAGUCAGGUAUCAGGGGAAAACCCCUUUAGGAUACCCAGACAUUAAAAAUGUAACAAGUAGCUUAUAAGAAAUGUGGAUUAUCAAAUUUUUACCAUAUAUAGGUUGUGUUUACUAGAAAUUUCUGACACCUGUACAAAAAUCAGAUGAAGGAAGUUAUUACCACUUUUCAUCAUUCAAAAAACAGGCUGCCCUCUUAGAGUAUUAGUUAAUGCUUUGCUUAUUUGUUAAUGAAGACAAUAUUUUAAUUUUAAAGCUUCCUUUUGUAAGACCGAUUAAACAGGCAGAAUCACAUUUUUUUAAAAAAAAUGGUUUGGAACACUUUUUAAUAAAAAACUGUAAAAUCAGUUUCCAGCGUGGUCAAAAUGAGAAUGUAAAGGAAAGCAUUUUUAAGAAAAUACAGAAGCCCAAAUCAAGGGAGAAUAAUAUAAAAGAAAAUAUUUUAAAUUAGGAAAAGGAUGUGUUAUUGUUUAUCACAUCAGGAAUUAUGCUUUCUGUACUUAGCACUCUUAGGUGAAGUUAGGGAGAUAACACUGACGUGAGAAAAUGAACAUUCUCAGUUACUUGUAUAGUAAAAUUGCAGUCCCUAUUCCAUUUUUUUCUGAUGAAAAUGGAUAAAUGAGGUCUCAUCUAUUGUUGUCCUGAACACCUUUACUGUCCUAGGUUUCUUUCACAUUCCAAAUCGUGGACAUAAUUUAUCCUCAAUCCUUAGAACUUUUGAAGAGGAAAUACCCCGUUUUAGAAUUUUGAUAGAUACUAAGAUUGACUAACUGGUUCCGCUUCCAUUUUAAAGUGCCCAAAUACAACUGAAAUCAGAUAAACAUAGUCAUAGCUACAACUGAGAGUGAGUUUUAACAUACUAGUAAUUUUGCAAAUGCCAACAUGAAUACUAGUGAGUAUUCAAUUCACAACAGACGAUUUCACAAAAACAAACCACAGUGAUUUGAUAUUCUUGCUUCUUAGAGAGUUUUUUAAUCCAUUUAAUGCAAUAGGUCAGGUUGCUCAUAUAAUUUUUAAAAAUAAUCCUGUAGAAAUGAUGUAUUAGACAUCUCUAACCCAAGAAAAUGUUGUCUUUUUUAUAAGUUUUAAAUUCCCAUUUGUCUUAAUAUAUCGUAGGACAAAUGGUGACUUCUUCUUGUAAUAAUGAAAAGGUAUAAUUCCUGCUGCGUGGGGAAAAGCUAGAAGCAUGGGUCAUUAAGCAAGAAUACUGCUCUAAUUUAGGCUCCCAGACUGCAACUAAACAGUCUUUAUGUAUUUAUCAUUUUGAUUACUGUUUUGUCUCAAGCAUAUACAGUGUGCAGAAAGUAGAAUAAUGAAUAACAUAUGACUAUGGAGAAAACCCAUAACGAACGAAGAAAGCAGUGUCCGUUCUUUUUAAUUUAUCUGAAAUACAUGUUCACAUUGAAACAUAACAUCUACAGUAUUGUCUUUCAGUUUACUCUUUAAUUAUUAAAGCAAAUGAUUUUGAUUUAUAGCACUUACACAACUGCAAUUCAGGUCACAGAACUGAAAUAUAUUUGAUAAUGUCUCAGCAUUCUCAUGGGCAGCCUAGAAAAAGGAAAAAAAGAGAGAGAGAGAGAGACAAGAGAGACAAAUAGAAAUUUUAGUGGGUUCAAAUGAAUGAUUAUUCUGGCAAUUCUGGAAAAUAGUAAUUAAACAGUUCAUUCUAAAAGACUCCAGUGUGAACUCUGCUCACAUAUAUAUUUGUGUAAGGAAAAUAUGUGAGAUUUUCCUUAAAAAAUAAAAGCAUCAUUGCGUUUAUAACAGAUUGAGCACUCUUAUGAACAGAGUACACUGGGAAAGUCACUACUAUUGCUGUAAGUAAGUGAGCCUGUAUAUUUUAUUCUUUCCUUUCUUAACUUCUUUGUGUGCAAGAGCAUCUCCUGUGUGCCAGGCAAUGGCUCUGUCUCAUUGAAUGUAUCUGUUGGUGAGCACUCAGGUGCAAUCACUGCCCUUUUGGGGCUUACAGCCUAGUGGGGAUAUUAUAACAGAGAUAUUAUAACAUGCAGUAUUCACCAAAUGGGAUGAAAAUUGUUAUCUUUCAUGACUUGUUUCAAUGGGCUUACAUUUGUUUGGACAGGGCAGAAUUAGAAUAAUUAUUUCUUACAUUUAAUAGUAGGUGAUAAGAGAUUGGGAGUUUCCUGCCCACACUCAAGCAAACUUCAGUAGAUAAUUACUCCAUUUUACUAGCUCACCUAGUUUUGCAAGGAUGGCAUGGGAAGUGAGACAUGGAGCCUCUGGGGACCUAGACAGUGUAGUACUGUCCCAGUGGAGGGUGAAAGCCAGGUUGUCUCUCCCUUCAGGAUCUUUCUAGGGGGAAGAAAAGAAUUAUAGAAAAGGAAAAAUGCGAAGAGCAAGAACAUCUCUCCAUGUCCUAUUUUUAUUUUUGUUCCCAACAGACUAUAUAGUGUAACAACCUUAUGCCCCCAAAGACAGCCCAGGACUGAGAGUAUCCUCAGUGUUCCUGAGUGUAUAAAUCAGUGAAUCUGUUAUAUAGAAAGUUGGCAAUUCAGGAGCACAAUUAUUUCCUGGUUUCAAAUAUGAACAGAAAACUAAAUGUCAGAUUUUUAAAAUCAUAAAUUUGGUAUCCAUAGUUACUUUACAUAUUCCAGAGUCUAAUCAUGGGACUUAAGUUUUUUAUUUUGAACAAAAAUAGCAACAUCUGUUUUCUGUAUGGCAAAGAAAAACUAAAUCCCAGACUUUUAUUUUUAACCACAGAAGCUGUCUCUUCUUUCUAAAUUAUUUGCCUGCCUGCUCAUUUCCCCUACACAUCUCUUUCUGUUUAUACCAACGGCUUUUUUUAAUCCAAAUAAUACUAGCUAUUGCCAAAUUGCCUUAGAAUCGUAUUGAAUCAGAAUAAUUCAUAUACUUCAUAUACUAGAGAGUAAAUGCUUAGCGAUGGUAAAGAUCUCAUUGUGAUCAGAAGUAGGGUUUUUGUUGCUUUGUUUUUAAUCAUGAGAACAUAUAAAAGGAAAUUCAAAUGAAACAAAGCCAGUUUUUUUAUUUAGUAACAUUAAAACUGUAGGUGGAGCUCAGUUGUUAAGGAUAGAAAGGAGGAAAGGACAGGGUGGGGAGAUAGAGGGAAAGGGGAAGGAAAAAAAACUGAGUAGUGUUUUUUGGGGGGAACAGUAUAAUGUCUCAGAAGUUCUUAUCUCUUAUCCUGCUGAUGUUGAGACAGUGGCUUUGUAUAAACUUUUAUUUAUACCUAUUUCAACAUCAUGAAAAUUUUUCUGUCAGCAUUUUCUUGCAACUUAAAAAUCACAAGGGAUUGUUUAUAAAAAGAUACAGGAUCUAUGAUGUCUUUGCAAUUUUUCUUUUAGGAAUAUUCAAAUUGUAUUUAAUAAAUAAAUCACAGGUCAAAAUGACUGUCAAAUCAGUCAGGCUUUCUGGUAAGUUAUUUCCUGACAACUAUCCAUGAUAAAUACAACAAGCCUUGGCAAAACCUCAUUACUCUUGGAAGUUUUCAGAGGUUAUUAUACCUACUGUUCUAUAUUUGUCUCUAAGAGACAUUUGAAACACAGUUACAAUGUCAAUUUGGUGUAGCAUUACCUGUAGUAGAGCUCAGAGUAUGUGGCAGUGCACGGUCACUCGAGAUGCAUGGCGUGUCAUUUGGGUCGCUUUGAUGGGUGCUGGGGUAGAAUUAGCCUUAUAGAGACUAAUGUGUUCAUGCUCUCUCUGAUCCUGUGUCAUUGUAUAAAAACGAACAGCUAAAAAUUUACUCAUGAUGACAAGAUUAAAGCAAAAAUAAACCCAUAAAAUUGUUAGACUUUAAA